AUGUCCGAGACUAAAAGCCCAUCGUCAGUAUCAUCGUCCUCGAAGCCCCACACGAACGAUGCCUCCGCCGUACCGGAAAUCGAACUAGCCACAGGCCAGGUCGUCACGGGCCUCGAGGUCGCCCCGUUACGGCGCCAAUUCAGUAUCUUCAGCAUCAUCGCAGUAGGAUAUAACAUUUCCAACAGCUGGGUGGCCAUCGCCACCAGUUUCUCCAUCGCCAUCCAGUCCGGCGGCGCUCCCUCGCUGCUUUAUGGCAUUAUAGCUGUGACAGUCGCCAUGGUGGGCACGGGGAUCACACUGGCGGAGUUGGCCAGCGUCUAUCCCACCGCGGGUGGACAGUACCAUUUCACAUCCAUCCUGGCUAGUCGGCGCUGGAGUCGAGGGCUCUCGUACUUCAGUGGUCUAGCGGCGGUGUUUGCGUGGAUUACACUGGCGGCGUCGAUCGCGUUGGCUGCCACUCAGGCUCUGAUGGCUAUUGUCAUCCGCUGGCAGCCUGGGUAUGUGUCUGCCCCGUGGCACUAUUUCCUGGUGUAUCAACUGUUCAAUGCAUUGAUGGUGGCGUACAAUGUGUUUCUGACGGGGAAGACUUUGUGGGUGUAUAAUGUGGGCUUCAUCCUGUCGAUGGUCACCUUCAUCGCCAUCACGGUCACAUGUCCCGCCAGCGCCCACACCACCAUCGACUCCCACGCGGUGUGGACUUAUCUCGUCAACGGAUCCAACGGCUGGCCCGAUGGUGUCUCCUUCCUGACGGGCUUGUCCACACCGCAGUUCAUGCUCUCCGGGCUGGACGCCACACUGCAUCUGGCCGAGGAAGCCCUGCAGCCAGAACGCAUCGUCCCGCGUGCGGUGAUGGUUACAGUGUUGAUUGGGUUUUUGACCGCAUUUCCCUUUUCUAUUUCAGCAAUCUACAGCUUCAAGGACGUCUCGGCGUCACUGGAGUCGCCAACUGGCUUCCCCGUCUACUUCAUCUGGGAAAAAGCGACCUCCUCCCCCGCCGCAGCAACAGUCUUCAUGACGGCCACCUGCAUAAUCACUUGCGUCGCCCUCAACGCCGUACACCAGACCACCUCUCGCCUAACAUGGUCUCUGGCCCGCGACGAAGCCCUCCUCUUCUCCUCGCAUCUCUCAAAGAUCUCCCCCACCCUCCACGUCCCCGUAUACGCCCUCGUCGUCGACGGCGUCUUCGUCCUCCUCCUCGGCAUCGUCUACGUCGCCUCCACCAACGCCUUCAACGCCUUCAUCGCCUGCACCGUCAUCGUCGCCCAGAUCUCUUUCGCCGUCCCCGCUGCCCUGCUCCUCUGGCGUCGUCGCGAUCCCAACUACCUGCCGCCGAAUAGAGCCUUCUGGGUCCCUGGGUGGGUGGGCUGCGCGUCGAAUGUUAUGACGAUUGUUUGGGCGGUGAUUAUUACGGUUUUCUUUUGCUUUCCGGCUGCGUUUCCGGUGAAGGGGGGGAAUAUGAGUGGGUUUAUCCUUUCUUUCGUUCUUUCCUACCUUCGUUCCUACCUUCGUCCUUUCCCUCGUUCUUUCCCUCAUUCUUUCCUUCUUUCUCCUGUUGCGCCUAUUUUGAGUGGAUUUGAAUACCAUCCCGUGAAAGACUGCUAA